GUGACAACCACUGUGACACCGGUACUGGUGAUCCACCUCCAGCUGCAAAUCGUCCCUCCGGUGCUCUACGUCUGAUAGAGAGAAACGUAUAAACUAACCACCCACAGAGGGGUCCUGUCUGCUGGCUUGAAGCGCCCACCUCGCCCCUCGGACUGUCCGCUGCUCUCGUCCUUUAAUCGGCCAGCCUCAUCCAGCCCCACUGUGGAUCUUUAGCCCCUCCGGCAGGACAGUGGCAGAGGCGGAGCCAGAGCCAUCGGGGACCAGAGCAGCAGGCAGCAGGGCUCCAUGAGCGCCACGGGGCAGCAGCAGCAAGGGGGGGGCCUGCGUUCUCGCCGAGGCCUUGGCCGGGACAAGGACCCUGGGCCGGGCCUGGGCAUGGAGGCGGCCUGCUGGCUGGCCCCCGGAGUGCUGCGCAGGCUGAUCGAGCUGCCCUCACCCCCCCUGUCCCGACACCAGCUCAAGAGACUGGAGGAGCACAGGUACAGCAGUGCGGGGCGCUCCCUGCUGGAGCCGCUGAUGCAGCGUUACUGGGAGUGGUUGGUGGGACGAGUCCCCGCCUGGAUCGCCCCCAACCUCAUCACCAUCAUCGGCCUGGCCACCAACGUCUUCACCACCCUGGUGCUCAUCUACUACUGCCCCACGGCCACUGAACAGGCUCCUCUCUGGGCGUACCUGCUGUGUGCGGUGGGUCUGUUCAUCUACCAGUCGUUGGACGCCAUUGAUGGGAAGCAGGCGAGACGCACCAACAGCAGCUCUCCGCUGGGCGAGCUGUUCGACCACGGCUGUGACUCCCUCUCCACCGUGUUUGUGGUGUUGGGAACCAGUAUAGCCGUGCAGAUGGGCACCAACCCGGACUGGAUGUUCUUCUGCUGUUUCGCCGGGAUGUUCAUGUUCUACUGCGCUCACUGGCAAACAUACGUGUCGGGAACGCUGCGCUUCGGCAUCAUUGAUGUGACUGAGGUGCAACUCUUCAUAAUAAUCAUGUAUUUGCUGGCCGCCGUGGGAGGAUCUGCUUUCUGGCAGUCACUGAUUCCGAUCCUAAAUAUCCAGAUGAAAAUGGUUCCCGCCAUCUGCACUUUUUUAGGAGCCAUCUUCUCCUGCACCAAUUACUUCAGAGUUAUUUUUACAGGAGGUGUGGGCAAAAACGGAUCCACGAUAGCAGGAACCAGCGUCCUCUCUCCAGUCUUACAUAUUGGUUCAGUUAUUAUUUUGGCGAUGAUGAUAUACAAGAAGUCUGCUGUCCAGCUCUUUGAGAAACACCCGUGUCUUUAUAUCCUGGCGUUUGGCUGCGUCUCGGCCAAAAUCACCAAUAAAUUAGUUGUAGCACAUAUGACAAAAAGUGAGAUGCAUCUCCACGAUUUAGCCUUCCUGGGACCAGGACUACUGUUCCUGGAUCAGUAUUUCAAUAGUUUUAUCGACGAGUACCUGGUGCUGUGGAUUGCAUUGAUCAUUUCCUUCUUUGACUUGGUGCGUUACUGUGUCAGUGUUUGCAACCAGAUUGCCUGCCAUCUUCACAUUUUCGUUUUUAAAAUCGCGCCUUGUUCAGUGCUCAGCUCCGCUCCUCACUGAGGACACGCCGCCAUCACUGACUCUUCCUUCCCGUUAGUCGCGCUCUUCUUUUCUUCCUCUGUUUUCCACGUAGCGAUGCAGGGGAUGGCGUGGUGUAAAAGUAUGUGCUUCUGCCAACUGAAUGUGUGGACAAAUAAUAUAUAUUAAGAUACUGGAGUAUUACUGUCUUUGUUUCUUUUUCACACGUGCAGAUUUUGAAUUUGUUUCAUCUUCUGCCGCAGUAAUAACAAUUCUCCUUCUGACAAACUGGUGAGCAGAUACUUCAGGAGAGUACAGGUGCUACUCGGUGUGUUCCAGGAGAGAAACUUCAUGUGUUUUAACUGUACGUGUGCAAAGAAAAAAUGUAUAGGACAUGAAUCAAACUCUUUGCUUUUCAUGAUUAUCAUUUUUGUAAUAUUUGCAUAACUUUACCUUUUUGCUAUUGUAAAUACAUACUGUUACAGUGUCUGCUUUUCUUUUAAGUUAAAAUCCUGCUUUGACACAUGUAUAUACCCUCAUGUUUAUUAUUUUAAUACAACUUUAUCUCCUGCACAUUAACAGAAACUGCGACUGAUCAACAAAAAUGUGGUUUUGGAGGAAACUUAAUGUCGAUCUUAGAGUAUUGUUAUUGCAAAAAAACUAUCCAACAAUGUUUUUUAAUUUAAUAUGUUCUACUGAAACCCCUCCGUUAGCCGACACAUGCAACUUUUUGGGCUUUUUCCAUGUCUGGGUAUGGAUGUUGUGUAUUUAUUGUCACAUGUAGUGUUAUUUGCUAAUAUAUAUUCUUAUAAGACUUGGGCCUUAAAAUGUAUUAAAGACACUCCAUGUACAAAAGAAAAAAGGAGAGCCACAAUCAGAAUAUUUUACGAAAAUAUCCAAACUCAAGGUUCAUCCAGAUGUUAACGUUUGCAGGUAGGCAUUUUAAGUUAAAAAUGUAAAUGAUUGCUCAGAUUUCCAAAAAUAUUGUAGUUGUUGGGAACAAAAUAAGAAAUGUCAUACAUGUUUCUCCUCCACCAGCCCCCUCUUCUCACCGUCAGUGCUUUUCCUUCACUCGCACCUUCUUUUUAUAUUUUUCAAAUUGUCAACAAAUCCUAGGAAAAGACUGAACAACGUGUUAAUCCGUCUCUUUACAUUUCCUGCCUUCCUUACUCUGUCUGUAUCACUCAGCCUCAAACUUAUUGGAUCUUAUACUUUAAAAAAAUAUAAAAAAUAAAAAGGUUUUAUGCUUAAAAAAAAAAAAUGCUGACUUGUAUCCAAAAACAGCUGGUUACUGUAGCUUUUUAACAAGUGUUACUGAAACGGGAGGAAAGGGUCCAUUUGUUAGGGACUACUUUCAGUGGCGGAUUAAUCCCCAUCUGGUACUGAGUGUUUGUGGCCAAAUGAACUACUGUGUGUGCGUUCAUGAAGGAACAUGUCAGUGCAACAGUGAGGCGCAUUGAUGUGUUUUAUUGGUUAUACAUAUACGUGUCUUUGGACCAAUUCAUUUCUGGUUAUUGGCCUUUUCACAAAACGCGUUGACAAGAGCAAAUGACACUCCUGUAUUACCAGUGGAUGCUGCAAACACUGUUUUGAAAACUUGAAACCCUAAAUGACAAUUAUUCUAUUUAUCAAAUUAUCUACUGAUUCGUUGAAUGUCGUAAAAUAUUGUAAAAAAAUGUCCAUUUCACUUUUUGAUGUUUGUUAAUGUCAAAGAUUCAGUUUAAAGUGAUUUGAAACAAAUACAAUAAGAAACUAUAUAUACUGUAUGUUAGAGGUUGAAAACUUAAAAUCUGUGACUGUAUACUUUUUUUUUAAUUAAUAACAUAAUCUGGUUGAGAUUUAGUUUCCCCCGAAACCACAAACUGAACCCACUGAAGCAGACAUGUGUCGGAGAUAAAGUCCCAUGAUGACAUCACAGUUUUGAAGGUGGUGUCUGAAAAGAAACAGAUCAAACUUUUGUCCCUGACCGUUAAAAUAAAAACCUGUUUUAUUUGGA